UGAAGUCCCAGUACAAUAAUAUUUUCCCAAUCACAAAAGGUUUGCGCACAGCUGCCGAACCUGAACUACGAAUAGCGAUUUACGUUCAGAUCCGGAAUCCAAAACCCUUCGAUACUUGGUGUUGACGAUAUGGCGACGGUAGAAGUGGAAAGAAAGCAGGCAGAGGCGGCGGCGGUGGCGGAGGAGACGUGCUCGGCCAAGGCGUCCAAGCAAGGAGAGGGGCUGAGGCAGUACUACCUACAACACAUCCAUGAGCUCCAGCUCCAGGUCCGCCAGAAGACCCACAAUCUCAACCGCCUCGAGGCCCAGCGUAACGAGCUCAAUUCUAGAGUGAGGAUGCUUAGGGAAGAACUACAGCUGCUCCAGGAACCUGGAUCAUAUGUUGGUGAAGUUGUCAAAGUAAUGGGGAAGAAUAAGGUUUUAGUCAAAGUUCAUCCUGAAGGGAAAUAUGUUGUGGACAUUGAUAAAAAUAUUGAUAUCACAAAGAUCACUCCAUCAACAAGAGUUGCUCUCCGUAAUGACAGCUAUGUUCUUCAUUUAAUCUUGCCGAGCAAAGUUGAUCCUUUGGUCAACCUGAUGAAAGUUGAAAAAGUUCCUGAUUCUACAUAUGAUAUGAUUGGUGGUCUUGACCAGCAAAUUAAAGAGAUAAAGGAGGUGAUUGAGCUUCCAAUCAAACAUCCUGAAUUAUUUGAGAGUCUUGGAAUAGCUCAACCUAAGGGUGUUCUGCUAUAUGGGCCACCUGGUACAGGGAAAACACUGUUGGCUAGGGCAGUGGCUCAUCAUACCGAUUGUACUUUCAUCAGGGUUUCUGGUUCUGAAUUAGUUCAGAAGUACAUUGGAGAAGGUUCCAGAAUGGUUAGAGAACUUUUUGUCAUGGCCAGGGAGCAUGCUCCAUCCAUCAUAUUUAUGGAUGAAAUAGACAGUAUUGGAUCUGCUCGGAUGGAAUCUGGUAGUGGCAAUGGUGACAGUGAAGUUCAGCGGACUAUGCUGGAGCUUCUUAACCAGCUGGAUGGAUUUGAAGCAUCAAACAAGAUCAAGGUUUUGAUGGCCACCAAUCGAAUUGAUAUUCUGGAUCAAGCUCUUCUUAGGCCAGGGCGAAUUGACAGGAAGAUUGAAUUUCCUAAUCCUAAUGAGGAGUCUCGUUUUGAUAUUUUAAAAAUACAUUCAAGAAGAAUGAAUUUAAUGCGCGGGAUUGAUUUGAAGAAAAUAGCAGAGAAGAUGAAUGGUGCAUCUGGUGCAGAGCUCAAGGCUGUGUGCACAGAAGCUGGCAUGUUUGCUCUGAGGGAGAGGAGGGUCCAUGUAACACAGGAAGAUUUUGAGAUGGCAGUGGCGAAGGUAAUGAAGAAGGAGACCGAGAAAAACAUGUCGUUGCGGAAGCUGUGGAAGUAGGUGUUCCAUGUAUUACUUUCCCCUUUGAACCAAUGACCCGUGGCCUUUUCAUUCACACAAAGCAAACAGUUUAUGUUCUUGUAUGUUGUGUAUUGUUCUUUGAGCCUACAUCAAUAUGAAAACAGGAUGAUGUUGCCUACAA